AUGGAGAGUUCCCAAGGUUACUUCUUGCUUGUUAGGGAAUUCUACGCCAACUGUUCCGAACAUGAGGAUCACGUUUGCAUUGUGCGACAAAAGAGGGUGAAUGCCUCGAUUGAAGCUAUCAGGAGAGUGUAUCGCUUGCAUGCAUUUACUGGGGAGGUGGAUUACUAUGAUACUUACAAGCGCGAACCCACAAAUUGGCAAUUGUUUUUCCAAUCUAUCUGUGAACCAGACAAGGAGAGAGUCGACUCUGGCAGAGCAGGAUUGUUCUUUGUAGAUGGACCUGGAGGAACUGGAAAAGCAUUCCUAUAUCGCGCGUUGCUUGCAAAUCUCAGAUCAAGAGGCAUGAUAGCAUUAGCAACGACAACAAGUGGUGUAGCAGCUACAAUUUUAUCCGGAGGUCGUACAGCUCACUCUAGAUUCGACAUGCCUCUUCAAACAACUGAUACAACAAUCACAAAUAUGUCAAAGCAAAGUGGUGGUGCUAAAUUGAUAAGAAAAUCAAAGCUAAUAAUUUGGGAUGAAGAACCUAUGGCUAAUCUUCAGACAAUUGAAACCGUUGAUAGGAGCUUCCAAGAUAUAAUGGAUAUUAAUGAACCAUUUGGUGGAAAAGUCAUGGUCUUCGGAGGUGAUUUUCAUCAAGUACUACCAGUAGUUCCAAAAUCUACAAGAGUUGAAACAAUAAAUGCAAGCUUAGUAAAAUCAUACUUGUGGAAUAAAAUGGAAAAGAUUCAAUUAACAAGAAAUAUGAGGGCAAGAGCAGAUCCAACAUUCAGCGAUUUCUUACUACGGAUUGGUAAUGGAGAGGAACCUACAAUAAGAGAUGAUAUAGUCCUUCUUCCUAAAAAAUUGAUCGUCAAACAUGAUGGUGAUAGAACUGGUGAAGAUAAUUUAAUAAGAGAAAUAUUCCCAUCUUUAGAUGAAAAGUCAAGUUGUGCGAAAUACAUGACAGAAAGGGCUAUCUUGGCUAGCAGAAAUUAG